AAAAUGUGGCGUGUGUGAACAUGGCAAGGAGUUAGGAGAAUCAGUUACUGCGUGACUGUUUUGAACCUGAUCUUAGCCUAAUUUGUGUUGAGAGGAAGUGUCUUACUGUCACCUGAGUGGGUGGGAUUUGCAAGCACAUGACUGACAUCUGACAUGGAUGUAUGUUAUUACAGUGAAGCACAAGACUCAUUGUCAUAUGUCACGUUUUUUUCAUUCAUUGCUAGCAAAUAUUGAGCCUUAAAUUGAUUGAAUGCAAAUCCACACACAGGGCUUUAAAACAGGGCUUUCAUUUUGGUAAAUGAACCCACCAUUUACCUUUUCCACAUGACAGCAGAAACGUGAGAUUUGUUUGUGAGGUGUGAAACUACCUGUAUGUGAAGUAGGACCUAGCCUGUAGAAGCAGGCCUUUAUACAAUUCAUGAAUAUGUUAUGCCACAACUAUACCAACUGUUUUCUACUCAAUAGAAGGUAGAAAAAGACGACGUCCUACAUGUAUCAUUGAAAUUAUUAAAUAUGCAAAAAUUAUGCACAGAGGCAAAUUGUCUGGUUACUCACACAAAUGAACACUGACAUUCCUCAGAUUGCAGGCUCUUUUCAAAUUCUGACAUUUUCUGAAAUGUCCAAGCACUUCACAAAAAUUGGUAAUGGUCAUUACUCACUGCCAUGACUAUUCUGUGGAUCUUAAGUUUUCCUUUUCUCUUUUUUCACCUCUGCACGGUUUCCACCCACCAUUAUGUUGGCCACUGUCGUAUAAGUGAAAUAUUCUUGAGCACAGUGUAAAACACCAAUCAAAUAAAUAAAAAAUGUAGAGGUAGAAUUAUGAGAUUGUAAAGUAGACAUUGAUUUGAUCAGGGGAGGAGACAAUCAUGUCUGGGAAAUUUUAAAAGAUAUUUUAAAAGAAGUACUGUAUUUUACAUAUGUGAUGUUUGUUCUUAAGUUGACUGUAAAUAACUGGUUUUUCGUCUUUAUUUAAAUGUUAUUUUCACUUGCAGAUGCUAGCAUCAGUCCUCUGUGGCUGUCUUCUGGUGAGCUCAGCACUGUCAAGUACACUUUUCUUCAAACCGCAUGAAAGGCCCGUAGAGAAAGUGGAAAAUGUGGUGUGUCCAGAUGGUCAAUCCCAGUGUCCAGAUGGAAGCACCUGUUGUAAACUGGCCUCUGGUCAGUACGGAUGCUGUCCCUUACCACAGGCUGUGUGUUGCUCUGACCACACCCACUGCUGUCCCUCAGGCACGACCUGUGACACCAGUCAGGGCAAAUGUAACAGAGGCCAUAGUAGCAUUCCGUGGUUUGAGAAGCAGCCAUCAAAGCCCAUUCAUACAGUCACCGUAGGGAAUGUGGUGUGUCCAGAUGGUCAGUCCCAGUGUCCAGAUGGAAGCACGUGUUGUAAACUGGCCUCUGGUCAGUACGGAUGCUGUCCCUUACCACAGGCUGUGUGUUGCUCCGACCACACCCACUGCUGUCCCUCAGGCACAACCUGUGAUACCAGUCAGGGCAAAUGUAACAGAGGUGAGAUUAGCACCCCCUGGCUGAAGAAACAACCUGCCCUGCCCAGAGUGAAUGUUGGCAAUGUGGUGUGUCCGGAUGGUCAGUCCCAGUGUCCAGAUGGAAGCACCUGUUGUAAACUGGCCUCUGGUCAGUAUGGAUGCUGUCCCUUACCACAGGCUGUGUGUUGCUCUGACCACACCCACUGCUGUCCCUCAGGCACAACCUGUGAUACCAGUCAGGGCAAAUGUAACAGAGGUGAGAUUAGCACCCCCUGGCUGAAGAAACAACCUGCCCUGCCCAGAGUGAGUGUUGGCAAUGUGGUGUGUCCAGAUGGUCAGUCCCAGUGUCCAGAUGGAAGCACCUGUUGUAAGCUGGCCUCUGGUCAGUAUGGAUGCUGUCCCUUACCACAGGCUGUGUGUUGCUCUGACCACACCCACUGCUGUCCCUCAGGCACAACCUGUGAUACCAGUCAGGGCAAAUGUAACAGAGGUGAGAUUAGCACCCCCUGGCUGAAGAAACAACCUGCCCUGCCCAGAGUGAAUGUUGGCAAUGUGGUGUGUCCAGAUGGUCAGUCCCAGUGUCCAGAUGGAAGCACCUGUUGUAAACUGGCCUCUGGUCAGUAUGGAUGCUGUCCCUUACCACAGGCUGUGUGUUGCUCUGACCACACCCACUGCUGUCCCUCAGGCACAACCUGUGAUACCAGUCAGGGCAAAUGUAACAGAGGUGAGAUUAGCACCCCCUGGCUGAAGAAACAACCUGCCCUGCCCAGAGUGAGUGUUGGCAAUGUGGUGUGUCCAGAUGGUCAGUCCCAGUGUCCAGAUGGAAGCACCUGUUGUAAGCUGGCCUCUGGUCAGUAUGGAUGCUGUCCCUUACCACAGGCUGUGUGUUGCUCUGACCACACCCACUGCUGUCCCUCAGGCACAACCUGUGAUACCAGUCAGGGCAAAUGUAACAGAGGUGAGAUUAGCACCCCCUGGCUAAAGAAACAACCUGCCCUGCCCAGAGUGAGUGUUGGCAAUGUGGUGUGUCCAGAUGGUCAGUCCCAGUGUCCAGAUGGAAGCACCUGUUGUAAGCUGGCCUCUGGUCAGUAUGGAUGCUGUCCCUUACCACAGGCUGUGUGUUGCUCUGACCACACCCACUGCUGUCCCUCAGGCACAACCUGUGAUACCAGUCAGGGCAAAUGUAACAGAGGUGAGAUUAGCACCCCCUGGCUGAAGAAACAACCUGCCCUGCCCAGAGUGAGUGUUGGCAAUGUGGUGUGUCCAGAUGGUCAGUCCCAGUGUCCAGAUGGAAGCACCUGUUGUAAACUGGCCUCUGGUCAGUACGGAUGCUGUCCCUUACCACAGGCAGUGUGUUGCUCUGACCACACCCACUGCUGUCCCUCAGGCACAACCUGUGAUACCAGUCAGGGCAAAUGUAACAGAGGUGAGAUCAGCACCUCCUGGCUAAAGAAACAGCCUGCCCUGUCCAGAGUAAAUGUGGGCAGUGUUAUGUGUCCAGAUGGUCAGUCCCAGUGUCCAGAUGGAAGCACCUGUUGUAAACUGGCCUCUGGUCAGUAUGGAUGCUGUCCCUUACCACGGGCUGUUUGCUGCUCCGACGGCCUCCACUGCUGCCCUCAGGGAACCACAUGUGACCUGUCCCAGGGGAAGUGUAACCGUGGUGUCAUCAGCCUACCCUGGGUAGAGAAACUGGUGGCAGCUGCCAGGGAUCCUCCAGCAGUCUAAUUGUGCUUGUCACCUGUGACCUGGCUUCAUGUGAAGAAGACUGGCUUCAAGUGUAGGAGACCUGGCUUCAUGUGAAGGAGACCCAGUACUUCAGACAAAAACCUGGUGGAGAGAAAACCUCUUCUGUUGUGAAAAAUGUGUAACAAGUUAACAACAAUCAUUUGACAUCCCAUUCAGAAAUUACCUGAAUUCAUGUUUUCAUGAACAUUUCUUGUUAAUAGUGCAUGUAUUUACUGAGUUCACUGCAUGAGGGGAAAAAAUACAAAUGUUUCAAGCUCAUCUGGACGCCUAAAUUAGACUGAAUAUUUGCCUCCCUCAUAUCCGUGCCUUUUUUUGUAGGUGUUUAUAUACAUACGGUGACUUACAUUUACUUCCA